GCCACACCAUACUGAACGUCGACGAUGACGAGUGAGGAGGCGCCGUUGCCCUCUCGAGCCCAAUCCGAGGCCGAGGCCAAGGGCAGACGCACGAAGGAUGGGCCCGAGAAUGGCUCGGCGUCAUCGAGCGAGCACAUUGGACUGAGCGACUCGAUGUCGAGCGAUCUGGACAUUAACACCGCUGAUGCGAUAUCCGAUCCCCAGACCUUACAUCGCAAGGAGAGCAUUCUUGCCUGUAAGCUACGUGUUAAGCGACGAAUGGAGCGAAUGCGACGCAACAGCAAGAUCCGCAAGCUCCCCAAGCACACCUCCGGCAGCCAAUGGUACCAGGUGGUCAAGGGCCGGAUAACUAUGCUCAACAAGCAGUUCUCAUCCCAGUUCAAUCUCAUCUUCAUCUCCCUCGAGCUCUCCUGGCGCUGGCUCUUGCUCUCAUACUUUAUUACCAUCUUCUUGCUGGCGUUGGUCCUUGCUGGCCUCUUUGAGGCUGGGCAUUGCGUGGAUCAACUCGAUUUUGACGUCGUCUACCUUAUCGUGGCACAGCAGCUCAUGACGGGACCAUCCUUCAUCGAGAUGACGGACAAGGACUUUAUUGAGCUGGAUUCCGGCUGCUGGUUUCUCGCCUUUAUUUCUUCUUGCUGCACGCUCUUCCUUCAGGCUUUUGUUUUGUCCAUGGCCGUGCGCAAGUUUAUGAAGCCGCGCUCAGCUAUUGCCUUUAGUAAAAAGCUCUGUUUCAACUCGCGCAAUGGCAUUCCCUGUCUGCAAACCCGCAUGAUGAAUCUUCGAGGCAACCUCAUAUCCGAUCUGCAAAUUCGAGCUUCUUGGUCCUACCCCGUCAAAACAUUGGAAGGCGAGCAGCAUUGGCGGAUCGAGACACUCAACUUUGCGGGCCCAUUGUUCAUCAAGCUGCCUGGCCGACUGUACAUGGAGGUCAUUGGAUACGACCACGUGCUUUGCGAGGAAGUUCACACCACCUGGGCCUUCCAGCUCCCUGAGGAUACAGCACCAUACUGUCGCUUCGCCGAUAUGGUCGUUAAAAGUUUUCAAGAGUCAGUGCAAGAUAAAACCUUCAAGCCGAUGCUGGAGAUGGGCAACUUUGAGUGCGUUGAGCCUGUUCUGCUUGACUUGGAUGAAACUGGUCGCUGUCCAACGCUGCGGUGCAGGAAAUGCCACGUGCACGUGAGAUGCUGCAACGGCUUAGUUGCCGCUGUGCCUUUGAUCUGGAAAGCUCUGCAAACAUGGGCAUGGUCUCACAACCAAUUCCCUCGUAGUGACAUGGAAUCUGAACGAGAGCGGCAGGCUCUACUCAAGCUCUCAACAGCGGCACGGAGCUUGCAAGACGACCGAGAAACAGGCAGCUCCCUGUGCGCUGGGGUCACAGAAUCGCUUGCCGCCGCCGCCGCCUCACCUGCGAUGGAUGCACCGCAAGCCUUGCAUGGGUCGAGUCUCUCCCAACCGUCAGAUACCCUGACGACAGAGCUGGACAGCUCAGCACCAAACGCACCGUCCACCAAUAACGAUGCACAAGCUUGGUCAGAGCCACAGAGUCAGCGAGCCGAAGGUGUGUGUGUGUGUGUGUGUGUGUGUGUGUGUGUGUGUGUGUGUGUGUGUGUGUGUGUGUGUGUGUGUGUGUGUGACCCGCCUAUCCAGAGGGCCAGGUAUUACUGCCCUUGGAAGCAGGCAACGACGUUCCAACUCGCUCCUGGUUUGAUGACAACUCUGGUCAGCAAGUCCAGGCGAAUCAACGCCUCGCUUGCAAGUGCCGAUGAGCCUAUCCUGCUGCUUGCCUUCAGUCAGGGCUGCUACGUGGCCACCAUGCUCAUCUGGUUGCUGGAGGAGCUCGACCGUGAUCUCCAAUCACCCAGCGUGGAGCCGGCUUUGCAAGUGGCACUGGCCCCACUGUUGGCGCACCCACGGAUCGCUGUCUUUGUGGGGGCUCCCGAUGAAGGGUUUCCUGCCGAUUGGCUUGCAUCGCAACCCACGUUUGCAGCACCACAUCCCCAGGCUCGCAUGUACACCCGUAGCUUUCAUCUGAUGGGUACACGUGACGAUUUGGUGAAACCCGAAUCCAGCCGACGCUUUGCCACUCGCUUCCAUGAUCCCGUGUGCAUUGAACAUGGCGCUGGACAUGUUGUGCCAGCAGCUCGUAACGUGUGGGAUCCCAUCGUAAAUGCCAUUGCGGCGCUGGCAAAACCUGCGCCUAGUCAGCACACGCCACCGGCCCCGAACCAGUUUGAGGCGACAGAGGAGCAGCGCGAAGAGCUCGAGGGGCUCGGCGCCAUUUUUGACACCGACUUUGAACUCGAAUCUCAGCGGCCGCCUUCUUAUUCCAUCAUCCUUCGCACCGCCCUCGAGACCGACCACUACCAAGCCCAUCCUGCUCGGCUCUACGUCACACUGACUCAGGCUUACCCGGAAACCGCGCCGGUGGCUCGGGUCGUGGGCGUUUGCAGUGCCCUACAGGUGCCACAAAAUCUUAUGCCUGUGGUAGAGGGCCAGUUGGCCGCUGCUCUUGAAGCAAGCAUUAGUGAAAACCUGGGAGCGGAAAUGGGCAUGCAACUGGUGGAUGCGGCUAGCCAAGCACUGCAAGAGGCUGCAGAGGAUCUUACGACGGGCAAAUUGCUCCAAGCAGACACGCAUCAUUCCCAAACCGAGACCGGUCCAUCAGCUGAGAUAUUGCCCGGGCAACAACUGCGUGGCGAUGUGGACGACCUGCCCCCAGAGGAGGUGGACGAGCUGAUUCACCAAGCCACUGCGGCUGCCGCGGCAGUCGAUAACGCGGCUGCACAUCCAAUCUCGUACGGUGGUGGUGCUUGGCGCUACACAAUCGGCUUGGUUGGCAAGCCCUCAGCUGGCAAAAGUACCCUGUUCAACGCCAUCACCGAUCCCAAGACGGCAGAUGCUACGGCCCGCGUGGCCGCAUUCCCUUUCACGACCAUUGACCCCAACAUUGGGCAAGGUUAUUAUUGCGCCAGCUGUCCUUCCGCGGUUUUAUCGUGCGAAAGUGAGCCCGCCCAUGGCUGGGGUGCAGGGCACAAGCAACGCAAGAUACCCAUCAUCAUCAAGGACGUGGCCGGUCUCGUUCCGGGGGCUUAUCAGGGUCGCGGCAAGGGCAAUGCCUUUUUGAAUGACCUGUGUGAUGCCGACGUCUUGAUUCAUGUCAUUGAUGCUUCCGGUACUUCGGAUCGUGAUGGCGUGACUGGUGAUGCCGAAGCGGGGGACCCUUGCGAUGAUGUUACGUGGGUGCGUGAAGAACUCCACCGUUGGAUCUACAAUAAUGUGCGAGCCAAGUGGCACACAGUCCUUCGCGAGCGUGUGGAGCCCGUGCUGUCAAAUUGUGUCAACUACGAUUGCCUUACAACGGAGUCCUCAUGUGGUGAUAGAAAAACGGAACGCCUCUACAAUUUGUUCACGGGCUACCACUGCAAGCGUGCCCACGUGGAUGAAGCCCUGCGCCGCGCGGGCCAUGUGGUGGAUGAGGCGAACAUGGGCCUCAGUGCCUUGAAAUUGUUGUGUGUGCACCAGGAGCUAGGGGCUGCUUUGGCAGCGUGGGGGCCACGAGAUUUGCAUGGGUUGAUUGCCCACUUUUUACGCGUGCGCUUCCCAAUCUUGCUGGCCAUGAACAAGGUGGACGUGUCCACUGAGCACGUCGCUCGCCUGGAGGCACAAUUUCCUUCGGAUCGCAAGCUGCCAAUGGUGGCGCGCGCCGAGUGGGACCUCUGUCAGCUGCGGCGUCAAGGCUUUGUUUCCUAUGCAACGGGUGCUGACAGCUUUUCAAUUUCCUCUAUGGCGCCCAAAGAUACUCUCCAGGGACGACUCGAAGACAUACGCGCUUGCAUGGAGGCGGUUCAGAAGGCUGUCAAGGACACAGGCGCGCCAAUGGGCGCAUCAAACCCCUUGUCGACUGGCGUGCUGGCCGUGGUGAACGCGGCGGUGGCUUUGAAGCCGCCGCUCGUGGUCUAUCCAGUUCUGUCUUUGCAGGCGCUGACCAGUGUGCUUUCGGACGAGGAGCAUGGCGCACGGACAUGCCUGGGUGAAUGCCUACUUUUGCAUCCUGGGACGACUGUGGAGGGUCUGUACGACUGUCUGAGACGCCCGCCACUCAACGCCAUCCAAGGCGAGUUUGUACGGGCCGAGUGCUUAGAUAUGGGCCAGCGUGAUGCUGGCGCCUCGGCCUUUCACGGAUUUGCCACACGGCCAUUGCGAAAAACGGCGGUGCUCACACCCGAUACUUGCAUCGUGCACGUCAUGACCAACCGGAAGAACACGCGACAGGGUCGCUAG